GAAAGCUUGGGAUUCCUCCUCCUUUGCUCUUCAGGAACCAAAAAUCCAUCACUUCAUAGGAACGAUGAUUUCGACGCAAUUAAUUUUGUAUCCAGGGAGGCCCAGCAUAGAUAUCAAUUAGGUCGUUCUAUUCAGCCUUGCCGUUGGGUUGAUUUCUCCAACUUUGAUUGUGAAGAACUUCUUGCUAGACUUUCCCAAGUAGGUUGGGAUUCAUUUGUCCAAAACAAUCGACCCAUUUAUCCCGACCUAAUCAAAAUAUUUUAUGCCAAUGCCUCCUAUAACAUAUCUCAUUCUACAAUUUCUAGCCGCAUUCGGGGACGCGAUUUUUCGAUCACUCCCGUCUUGCUUAACACCAUACUAAAUAUCCCUCGUGAUGGUGUGAUGUAUUACCAAACAAACAUUUGGAACUUUCCUAACUUCACCGAGGGGGAAGUUAGAAAUCGCCUUCUAUGUGAACCAUCCACUUCUAGAGAAGAUAGCUCUAAACUUUCUUUUCAUGAUCGCCUCGCCCAUUUUCUCCUCACUAAACUUGUUCUUCCUCGCGACGGCCACCACACCACCGUCCAAAAGAUGGAUCUUUUUCUACUUCACCAUCUCAAAGAGGAGAUCCAAGUUAACCUGGCCCACAUUAUUAUUUGUCAUAUAGCUGCCGCUGCCGAUCAUACCUCCCGCUCUCUUCCCUACGGGUCAUUGCUCACCGCCAUCUUCCAACACUUCAACUUUGCUCUAGAACGUGAGCUGCCGAAGAAGAACACGAAGCUUAUCGACAGUAGCACUUUCACAAGUAUCGGUUUCAAGAAAAACCAAUAUGGACAAUGGGUACGAAAAAAUAUAAGGGAUACACCCGAAGAUCAAGGUGGAACACCAAAUGGCUUUAGAUUCAGGGGUUUUAGUUAUAGCCGAACACGAAAGAAAGAUCAUUUAUCUGGCAGUAGGUUCUUUAGCUCCGACGUCAACUGUGUUACAACCGAUGAGGAAGAAGUCGAGGGCGAACGAGAAGAAGCGGGGCGCGAGGAUGUACAACAAGAGGCUCCUAUGCCUUCCCCUCGACAUGCUCCUCCGCCGUGUGAUCCUUAUCCUACGGAAAUAGAUAUCCGUCAACGCUUUGAUAGAUUGGAAAAUCAAGUCUAUCAAAGACUAAAUAGGAUGGAUCACAUGCUCGAUAGGAUGGAAAACCAAUGGAAUGCACUUUUUGAACUCUCGAGCGCAUUUUAUGCGGCAUAUGGGCCUCGAGCUAGCCAACCUUCACCAUCUACUGCAUCGCCAUCGGAGGCAACAACGAGUCAAGAUAAGGAUGAUCAAGACGGCGGCGGUGAAGAUUAGGAUUUAGUUUUCCUCUUUAUCUCUAGCAUUGUGGCCUGGUGGCCCUUUUUUUUGGUUUUUAUGUUUGAUAUUGAACUUCUGUUAUUGUAUUUUUAACUUUAUGCUUAUUGUUUAUGUUUCUUUUCUUUUAUACUUAAUCUUGGUUGAUUUCUUUUUUAUGAUGCCAAAUGGGGAGAAAUAUGUGAUAUAAAGAUACCUUAUUUGUGACAUAUGCUUGAGUUGCUUAACUCAUUGAUGCUUGCUCAUU